CCGCCACUCCCCAAGAAAAAACCUUCUCCUUUUCGUAACUCAUUGGCUUGUCUGCAACCAGCCACGCCACCGCUCGUCCCUUUCCGGCGCCGUUUCAAGGGGCUGCAGUCGGUCCGCCGCUGGUGUCUGCGGCGUGCAAAUUGUGUUGCCGUCAGAAGCUGCUGCCGGUUGCCGAAGUUUUGAAUUUUGGUGUUUGAGCCUUCAAACGUUGUCUUUUGUGGAUUUCGUUGGAUUUUGGAUUGAAGAAUUGGAGUGGUUUUGAAUCAAACCACUAUUGGUGGAGGAACAAACUUGUUGUGCACAAAAAUGGCAACAAAACGGAUGAAGAUGGCCAUUACAGAUAACCCAAAGAAGCUUGCAAACUUGAUUGAUCUCGUAAACCUUCCUUCAACUCUCAGGGAGUUUGUGGGACAUUCCCAAAUUUCUCGUCUUGGCUGUUUCAAGUGUGUGUGGUCAUAUAUUAAAACCAACAACCUUCAGGAUCCCACCAACAAGAAUGUGGUCAUUUGUGAUGAGAAGUUAAAGAGUAUACUGCUGGGCAAGCCCAAGGUUGAACUAGCCGAACUUCCUGCACUGAUUAAAUUACAUUUCCCCAAAAAUUCCAAGUGAGCUAUGCUUAUAGUUUAGCCUCUAGCAGCUCCGGAAUGAGGUCUUCAAGCCACCCAUAGUUAGGAUGUUUAGCCUCAAUUUUGUAUAAUUGUCCUACUAGGCUUUUUUACUAUGUAUUAAAAACAAAA